AGCUCUGUACCACGCCUUGGUAGGCUACUGGCACUAAUUCUCGCAUAUUUGCCAACUGUCACAACAGCAUAUUUUUGUUAACUACGACUGCACAGAGAGGACACCGAGUUUCUUGAGUCGGCAUCAAUGCUUGGGAUGUAUUUCAAUCAAUGAACAGCAAUAAGAUUGUAGAAGCACUUUAUUUAUUUAUUUGGUAAAACAUUUCUUCACUUUUUCUUUUUUUUUUACGGAGGAGCGACUUCAGAACUUUACCAUGCAGAAUGGACGAGUUGACAACCUCUUCGUUUAAAACUACCGGUUCCAAAUGGUUGCUUCCAGUCAGCGAUUUUUUUGGAUUCCCUUUGGAUCAGGUUAACUUCUUGGCUUGUCAGGUGUUUGCCCUUGGUGCAGCCUUCUGGUUCCGUCUCUACCUCAGCCCUCAGUAUGCCAACCCCGUGGUCCGCCAUGCAGUCGCCACACUCUUUGGCCUCUCCUUUGUCAUAUUCUGUUUUGGCUGGUAUGCAGUCCAUAUCUCCUUCUUGGUGGUGGUGUGCUACUGGAUUCUGGUCACAGCUGACAUCCACAACAUUCACAGGUAUACUAUGAUCAUGGCCAUCAGCUACCUCACAGUGUGUCAGGUGAGCAGAGUCUUCAUCUAUAACUAUGGGAUCCUCUCAACAGACUUUUCUGGGCCAUUGAUGAUAAUUACCCAGAAAACCACUAUGUUAGCUUUUCAAGUGCAUGAUGGUAUGUCUAAAAUGUCUGAGGACCUCACGGCUGAUCAGAGGCGCCUUGCUGUAGCCUCCAAGCCGUCUCUGAUAGAAUACCUGAGCUACAACCUGAACUUCUUCAGUAUCCUGGUGGGACCCUGCAGUCACUAUAAAGACUACAUAGACUUUAUAGAGGGGAGACACGUUCAGAGGAGGCUGAGGAGGCUGUCAGGGUCCAACACUGGACAGAAUGGAUUUGAAAAAGUCCCAGAGCCCUCACCUGUGGCUGCCGUCACUCGUAAACUGCUGAUCUGUGGUGUGUGCAUGGUUUUGUUCCUGACCCUCACCAAAGCGUUCCCCGUCACAUAUAAUGUUGACAGCCAUUUCGUCAACGAGGCACCUUUCCUAACCAGACUGACGUAUGCCUUCUUCUCUAUACAAGCUGCAAGACCCAAGUUCUACUUCGCAUGGACUUUAGCUGAUGCCAUCAACAAUGCAGCAGGUUAUGGCGUUAAAGGUGUGGAUGAAACUGGACAGGUGUCCUGGGACCUCAUCUCCAACCUCAGUAUCUGGGGAAUUGAGACAGCAACUAGUUUCAAGAAGUUCAUAGACAACUGGAAUAUUCAGACUGGUGUUUGGCUCAAAACUGUGUGUUACGACCGUGCUCCCUGUUACCCCACAGCUCUGACCUUCAUCCUGUCAGCUCUAUGGCAUGGAGUUUACCCUGGAUACUACUUCACCUUUAUUACUGCUAUACCUAUCACACUGGCAGCUAGAACUGUUCGUAAGAACGUCCGUCAGUAUUUCCUGUCUUCUCAUCCUGUGAAGCUUGGCUAUGACGUAGUAACCUGGGCAGCUACUCAGCUGUCUAUCUGCUACACCGUCAUGCCCUUCCUACUGCUGGCAGUAGAACCUACCAUGCAGUACUACAAGUCAAUGUACUUUCACAUUCACAUCAUCAGUAUUCUGACUGUGAUUGUACUGAGCCAGAGCCACAAACCAAGAGGCAGCAGCAGCAGCAACGGCACCAAGCCUGGACCGUACCAUCCUCAUCCCCAGGCCCAGCCUGAGCUCCAGCCCUCCAACAACAACGUGAAAAGAAACUGAAGUGUCCCUCUGUGUGUGGAGGCAGCCAGAGAGCUGAAUGGGCCCACUGGGGCAGACAAAGAAGUCUCUGUGUGUCCACAACAAAGAGAGAGCUCAGCAGGGUCCAGAGGGGCUGAGGGACUGUGCCUGCUGGCUGGUCUUCCCUGCAACCCUGUGCUCCAAAAACAUCUAAUACUUCUGCUGCCAGGCUCCUACAAGGUUUACCAAGCAGAGGCCUCUGUCUGCCCUGCGUGCCAAUUCUCUGUUCUUUCUUUCGAAGUGUGCGCUUGUUCACUUCCCUUCAUGGAUCUGAAAGGAAAGGACUGGCAUAGGAAUUCCCUCUAGUCCAGCCCAUAAAUUCACCAAUCCAACACUUUUAAUGAAAUGUGUGGGAAGCUGUGCACAAGUGAGAAAGUACACUUCAGGAUAAAGGACAGAGAAUUGGGCACAUUCAGAGAGAGAGCGAGAGUUAGAUUGAGCUAGAGGAAAGAGAGCGAGCUAAAAACUCCCAGGUCCUAGAAUUAGAUGUGGCUGGCCCAUUUCUUUACAUCUGGUCACUAGAUGUAGAUAUGAUUUCAAACAUGUUCAUACCCUUAUGAGUUAGUAAGAUGUUAAUGGUGUCUGUUUAUUGUUGUAUGAGUGCAGGAAACAUUAUCCCUCAAGAUGACAGGUAGCCUCGAGGUUAGAGCGUUGGGCCAGUAACCGAAAUAUUGUUGGUUUGAAUACCAGAGCCAACAAGAUGAAAAGUAUGUCUCUGUGCCCUUGAGCAAGGCACUAAACCCUAAUUGCUCCAGGGGCGCUGUCCAAUGGCGACCCUGGCCGUGACCC